AAAGCCAGAGUACAAAUACAAAUAAUAAUGAUAAUAAUAAUAAUGGAGGUUAACUAUGUGCCAGGCACUGUUCUAGGCUCUUCCUAUGUACUCACUCAUUUAACCAGCAGAAAAACAGUUUUGGACUAGUCCUUCACUAAAAUAGCCCAGUGAGAAACAAUACUUUUUUUUUUUUCUCAGUUGGUGACACUGCAACCCGAAAUCACAACUCCGUUUUAGGUUCCUGGUGGUGCCUGCUUCCUCUUCUAGUUUGUUUAGUCACAGAAUUCGAUUCCUGUUGGCCGGUUACGCGCCUACAAACAGGCUUAGCGCUCUAUUGAAAUGCGUGAGGCUCCUUAACUCUUGUAUAAACAGAAACAGCUGUAACUUUAGGUCAGGGCGCAUUAAAAUGAGCCACUUCUGAACGAGCAGCGCCCAGGCCCCAGGCCCUGCUGCGAAGGCCCCGGCAAAGGUCAGGGUUUCGGCCGCGUGACGUUCCUUCCUGCGCCCGUGCGAGCGCUGCUGUGCCUCAGGUCUCCUCCAGCCGUGGAUGCCUUUGACAUUAUGACCGCAGAGGAUUCCACCGCAGCCAUGAGCAGCGACUCGGCCGCCGCCGCGUCCUCAGCCAAGGUGCCGGAGGGCGUGGCCGGCGCGCCCAACGAGGCGGCGCUGCUGGCGCUGAUGGAGCGCACGGGCUACAGCAUGGUGCAGGAGAACGGGCAGCGCAAGUACGGCGGCCCGCCGCCCGGCUGGGAGGGCCCGCACCCGCAGCGCGGCUGCGAGGUCUUCGUGGGCAAGAUCCCGCGCGACGUGUACGAGGACGAGCUGGUGCCCGUGUUCGAGGCGGUGGGCCGCAUCUACGAGCUGCGCCUCAUGAUGGACUUCGACGGCAAGAACCGCGGCUACGCCUUCGUCAUGUACUGCCACAAGAGCGAGGCCAAGCGCGCCGUGCGCGAGCUCAACAACUACGAGAUCCGCCCGGGCCGCCUGCUCGGCGUGUGCUGCAGCGUGGACAACUGCCGCCUCUUCAUCGGCGGCAUCCCCAAGAUGAAGAAGCGCGAGGAGAUCCUGGAGGAGAUCGCCAAGGUCACCGAGGGCGUGCUGGACGUGAUCGUCUACGCCAGCGCGGCCGACAAGAUGAAGAACCGCGGCUUCGCCUUCGUCGAGUACGAGAGCCACCGCGCCGCCGCCAUGGCGCGCCGCAAGCUCAUGCCCGGCCGCAUCCAGCUCUGGGGCCACCAGAUCGCCGUGGACUGGGCCGAGCCCGAGAUCGACGUGGACGAGGACGUGAUGGAGACCGUGAAGAUCCUCUACGUGCGCAACCUCAUGAUCGAGACCACCGAGGACACCAUCAAGAAGAGCUUCGGCCAGUUCAACCCGGGCUGCGUGGAGCGCGUCAAGAAGAUCCGCGACUACGCCUUCGUGCACUUCGUCAGCCGCGAGGACGCCGUGCACGCCAUGAACAACCUCAACGGCACCGAGCUGGAGGGCUCGUGCCUCGAGGUGACGCUGGCCAAGCCCGUGGACAAGGAGCAGUACUCCCGCUACCAGAAGGCGGCCAAGGGCGGCGGCGCGGCCGAGGCGGCGGUGCAGCAACCCAGCUACGUGUACUCUUGCGACCCCUAUACGCUGGCCUACUACGGCUACCCCUACAACGCGCUCAUCGGGCCCAACAGAGACUACUUUGUGAAAGCAGGCAGCGUAAGAGGCCGGGGUCGAGGUGCGGCCGGCAACAGAGCCCCAGGGCCCAGGGGUUCCUACCUCGGGGGAUAUUCAGCUGGCCGUGGUAUAUAUAGCCGAUAUCAUGAAGGGAAAGGAAAGCAGCAAGAAAAAGGAUAUGAACUCGUACCGAAUUUGGAAAUCUCUGCCGUCAAUCCAGUUGCCAUUAAACCUGGUACAGUGGCCAUCCCUGCCAUUGGGGCCCAGUAUUCCAUGUUUCAGGCAGCGCCAGCCCCUAAGAUGAUCGAAGACGGCAAAAUCCACACAAUGGAGCACAUGAUCAGCCCCAUCGCCGUGCAGCCAGACCCAGCCGCCGCCGCCGCCGUCAUUCCUGCCGUGUCAACGCCGCCCCCAUUCCAGGGCCGCCCGAUCACCCCAGUGUACACGGUGGCUCCGAACGUUCAGAGAAUUCCCGCCGCUGGGAUCUACGGGGCCAGUUACGUGCCGUUCGCUGCUCCGGCCACCACCACGAUCGCCACACUACAGAAGAAUGCGGCCGCCGCCGUGUACGGAGGCUACGCGGGCUACAUACCUCAGGCCUUCCCCGCCGCUGCUAUCCAGGUGCCCAUCCACGACAUCUACCAGACGUACUGACACUGGUGAGUUGAGUGGAGGCAGACGGCGAACUACCCCGAAGGAACAUUGUACUAUUUAUGAAGAAAGAACGCGUGGGAUUAGCACACUCACGAAACCUGCAAGUGAAGAAUGUUAUCCAGUAUCGCCCUGAAAGAUUUUAUAUUCAUGAAGUUUCCACUGGUUGUUUUGUUUUUCUUUUUUGGAAAAAAGACUGUUUUCGACUUAGCCCUUGUUCAUACAUUUCUAAGAGACUCGCACCGGUUCGUGCCUUAAUACCAUCUCUCAAAAAUUUGUAUGCCAUAGUACGUUUGUAUAGAGGUUUUUUUGUUUUUGUAUUUUUAAGGAUAUAUUUUCAGUAUGAAGGUUAUUUUCUUAACUUCUACACUCCAGAGAUUUCUAUUUUGUAGUACCUUCGAUAAUAUAUCAACUAUAUAUUGAAAAGCACGUUUGAGCAGCUAGGGACCUGUUUUGAAAAAUAGAUUCAAUAUUUAAAGAUACAAACAGUAGUGCUUUAAAAUACUACAUAAAAUGUUAUUUUAAAAGUUAUACUAGAAAGUGCAAUUUCAAAGUGAGUGAAAUCUCUAUUUCAGCUGCAUUAAGGGUUGAUGGUGUUACCACGUGUUAAGAUGACAGUUCUAUUUUUUUUUUUUUGAAAGAAAGUAAACACUCGAUCUCUCUUUAAGCCCACAUUGAAAAGACUUGUCACACUUCUAAGUCCACACACUGUAAGGCUCUCACCUGCCACCAUUACCCUGUUUCCCCGCUCCUUCUCCAUGUGUCUUGCCCUCCCCACACCCCUACUCAUUCCUUCCUUCCUUCCUAUCCCCAGCCCCACCUCCAAGUUUGGCAAGUCUAGGGCAAAUGAAUUCCUCUGAUAGAACUUUGAUGGCUUUUAUACUUCUUCCUGGGUUUUUGUGGGGGUUUUCUGUUUUGUUGUGGGUUUU